CUAUGUGCAUCUAUAAAUUUCUACACUUGCGCAUCCAUGAUCACCAUCUAGUAGCUCCAGCUAGCUGUAACAACUGCAUUACCUGCGAUAACUAGCCUAGGCAAAGAUACCGUCUAUGCCUCUGUGGUGAUGAGGUUCUAAUUUCUCAUAGCAGCUAAUCUUUUCAGCGACUUAUGUCCAGCGUCUACCGACCCUGAUUCAAAGCCUAUGUCGACGCCAAAUUGGGAAAAUCGUUCACAGAUACCAGAUACAUAUAAAUAAUCAAUCCUCUAUUGAUUUGGAGAUGAAAAUUUGAUCUUUUGUAAGAUAAACGAAAGGUGAUAAAGAAAUGUUGGGUUUCCAUUCCCGAUUGAGAGAGUGGGACAGGUACAACAAGGGAAAAAAGAAUAGGAAGACGACGAAAAAUUCGCAAUAUGGAAGCGUGUUUCUCAUCAGUUGCUGUUUCUUUAUCACCUGUGUUGCCUCUCAUGUUCAUCACCUUGAGUCUCCUGCUGACAAUGCUCAACCUCUCGUCUCUCGAAUCGCUUUCGGCUCAUGCUCUAAUCAAACUGCUCCUCAAAUGAUAUGGAAUGCAAUCCUUAAUUUCCAUCCCCAAGUGUUUAUUUGGUUGGGAGACAAUAUAUAUGGAGACAAUAAACGGCCUUUCCGGUUACUUGGAAAGCAACGCACUUUUGGACCCUGGAGAAAUAUUCCUAGGUUUUAUCCUUCUUCUGAACAUGAAAUGCAAUCUAAAUUCACCAAGGCUAAGACCCAUCCUGCCUACUCUCGUCUCCGCAACCGUUCCAAGGUUAUUGGAACAUGGGAUGAUCAUGAUUAUGGGUUGAAUGAUGCUGGUAAAGAAUUUACUGGCAAGGUCACCAAUCAAAGGCUUCUUCUUGAUUUCUUGGAUGAACCUUUAGAUAGUCCCAGGAGAAAGCAAGCUGGUGUCUACACAUCUUACACAUUUGGCCCUAUUGGCAGGCAAAUCAAGGUCAUUCUCCUUGAUACUAGAUACCAUAGAGAUCCUUUAUCAAGUGAUGGAAGUAUAUUGGGAAGUUCACAAUGGGAAUGGUUGGAGAAACAACUCUAUGGUCCACCAACAGCCGUUACUAUUAUUGGAUCCUCUGUACAGGUCCUAUCAAAUCAUUCAGCUGUUACUAGUCCUUUCUUUUCGGUCGAAGGCUGGGGACGUUUUCCAAACGAGAGGAAACACCUCUUUGAGUUGAUAAAAGAUAGUAAGAGGGAUGGUGUUCUUUUCAUCAGCGGAGAUGUCCAUUUUGCGGAAAUUGCACGAUACGAAUGUGCUACUGGAUAUCCACUGUAUGACAUCACCUCUAGUGGGCUGACACAAUCUAUCGAGGGGGUAGUCCCACCAUCAUUGCAGUUUCUGGUGAGACUAAUGGCAUGGCUCUUACCAACUACAGUAAGAGUUAUAGAGCAAAACUGCAGAUACAAGUCCUGUAUUUAUGGACAACUGAAUUUUGGUGUCAUUGAGAUAGAUUGGAAAUCUAAUCCUGUGAUUUUGAAAAUCGAAGUUAGAGAUAUCAAUGGUUUGCCAGUCAUCAGUAAGAAGAUCCUGCUAUUGGAUAUUCAAGCAGCAAACUUGGAACAUACAGCCUCGCAGCAGAAGCAGUGCUCUCUUGAAGUUGAUCAGCCAUGGAUUGUCCGAUACCGCUUGGCAAUUCUUGUAUUUAGUGUUUUAUCUGUUUUGCUUCUUGCAAUUUUUGGCUUGGCUUGGUCAACAAUAAUUGUCAGCAGGAAAUGGUUUUGGAAAUGCAAGCAUGAUUGAGUAUGGAACAUGUGUUGAUAGGCCGCAUGCCGACAUCAAUUGUUUACAUGCACUGGAGGAAUGAAUACAAUGAUUGCUCAUUCCUGUCUGGCUCUGCUUAUGAUAUUAUUUAAGAUUAGUUGAUAUUUUGGAUGUCUUGUUCAACACCCUAGAGGCUUAGAGGAAGGCAGAUUCUAAUCAAGGGAUUGAAUCUAGAAAGUGGUUUCACUGUUAGCAAGUGAUGGUUCUGUGUCAAAAAAUGUCGCCUCAGCUUCAACCUUGUACACUUCUAUGUAGUGAGGGAGGUCUCUAUUCAUUGUUAGCAUGUGGCUUGUUCAGGUUGGAGCAGUUAGCAAAUGGAUCACCCUGACUUCUCAGAGUUGAACUUACGGUUUCAGAUAUGACGGCAGAGAAAUCCCUUGAAAGAGGAAUAGUAAUCUUUACUAAAAGAAGAAGCAUCAAAUACUUCCCCCCCCCCCCCCUUUCCUUUUUAAGUGAGUUAAUUCAGGAAAUAACGGGUCUUGCCGUUGUCAUAGCAUAGAAGCUUUUUAUUUAUAUAGGUUUUAAUACUAUUACUGGUAAGGCCAGGAAAGGGCAUCGAAAUAGUACUUGCUCGUUCCUUUUGCAAUGUUGGCGAAGAAAUAACUAAACUUAAUUGGGAUUAUAAUGUAGAUAGUUUCAUUAACACUAUUGGUGCUUGUAUUCCCUUGUAAGAAAAUACCUCUUCCAUUCUAAGAUCAAUGAAACGCUUGUCUUUUAUGUUAGUGAUUUUUAAGAGAUGAGUUUCAUUUAUUUUAGAAUGGAAAAGUAUAUAAAAAGAAAAAUAUGUAGGCUAUUGGCUUAUGUUUCUGAAAUAAAAUGAUGCAUCCUCUUUUGUUUCCA